AGGUGGUGGUGAGAGUGGUGGUGGUGAGGUUUGUCGUGAGUGAGCACACGGGAGCAGACGGAUACGUUGCUGGAGAGGCGCGUUGGAGGCUUCGACGCUGGACGGAGGGACCCCAUCCCAUCGCUGCCCUCACCCCGAGAGAAGCUCAGUGGGGAGGGGAGGAGGCGGAGGCGGCACGAGAGUUAACGCUCUAACCUGAAGACGGUCGUUUGUUGUUGCGAUCGAAACGUCGUGAUCCAUUAUUGUUUUUCGACCUACGUGAAUUUUACCGAAAGAACCAAAGAGUAUAACGCUGGGAGGUGAAGAAGGAGCCGCACGCAGGAGUGGGAUGUGUGGGUGGGCAGCGCUGGUGACCUCGACCCCUGUCCACGUGUGAUCGAUCCUCUCUGCCGUCAACUCGUAUCGGAAGGGGGGCAGUUCGAUGACCAUGUGCACCCGGAGUCGGCGUCUUUGGCGUCUCGCUGUGCCGCUCCCCAUCUUCUUACUGCUGCAGCUGCUGCCCACGAGGAUCCUCGUGAGCUCGAGUCCCGACGAGUCGUCUCGGUCCCGCGGGGUCCCUGGCUGGGUCUCCCAGCCCUGCGUCGGGACGCACAGAGGGGACACCAGCGCCUCCUGCGUGGGACACGUGCCCUUGUUACUGAUAUCAGCAGCACUAGCAGAAUCAGGCUUACCAUCACUUGUAGCAACUGACGAUUUAUCAGCAUCAGCAACAUCAGUUGUAGUAGCAGCAGCAACAGCAGAUGAGUCACCAUCAUCAGCAACCCUAUCAGUAGCAGGAGAUACAAUAACAUCUGCGGGGGCAGCAAUAGAAACAAAAUCAUCAUCAACAGCGCUCGUAGCAGCAGCAGCGCCAACAGAAUCAUCACCAUCAUCAGCAGCUGCAAUUCCAUCAACAGCAUCAUCGUCGUCAAGUGUCACCUCAAUGCAUCUACGGCGGCUCCGAGCGGUGUACGUGCACGGAUACAAUCAGGGUGCAGGUACCAGUCCUGGUCCAGGUCCAGGUGGCAGACCCCGAAAGCUCUUCAGCUGGGGGGACUUCAGCGCCAGCAUCCGCACGUCCCGGCUCCAGCUGCUCAUCACGGCGAAGAUGGUGGACCACGGCAACGGCUCAGUGAGCGUGCACUUUCGGCACAACGCCACGGGCAGAGGCAGCGUGUCGGUGAGUCUCGGGCCGCCCACAGUGCCGCUGUGCCUCACCCCUCACAGACCCUUCACAAGCCAGCAGCAGCAGGAGCGGCAGAAUCAUCAUCAGCAGCAACAGCAGUGUAGUGACAACCAGCAGUGGGAUCAUAACCAGCAGAACCAACAGCAGCAGCAGCAGGCUGAGUCAAAGGCGCCCAGGGACACGGAGCCUUUCCGCUGCCGUGUCGAGUACGAAAAAGUGGAUCGAGCGCUCAAGAGCGUGCCCUGCACCCAGCCACGCAGGUCGGACCCUGCUGCCAGUUUGAGUCCUGGUCCUGGCAUAGGUCCCGGUCAAAGUGCUGGUUCGGUGCCCGGCGCGGGCAGCUCUUGCUACCGCGAGCAGGUUCAGAGUCACGUGUCGUGGAUCUGUUCGAAGCCGAUCAGCGCAUUUUGUAUCUACGUCGCAUUUCAGGGCACGAACUACCGCCUGGCACACAAAGUCUGCCCGGACCUCCACAUGGUGCGUACGCCCAGCGGAUGAGCAGUGUGGGACGGGUGGUGGAUACAGAAGGUGGACGGACGGGCAGCAAAGGUGACGAACAGACCAUGCUGGAUAAUUAUAAGUGUCAGAAUGUAGCCCAAUUAAUUGAAAAUGUCGUAUUUCAACCAUAUUCAGCGUAACGUAUAUGUGUUAACUUACUACCCAUGUCGCAAAAAAUAACUGGACUAUGAAUAUACGAGAAAGAGAGUUGAAUAGUUUCAGUGUUAUUCGAUAUUUUGAGAUACAUUUUGUUUAAUUAUAUGCAUUAUAUUUAUAAGUUUGUUGUGAAUAUUAGAUUGGUACUUUCUUUCUGUUUCAGCAGAAACCUCAUUUUCUGAUAUAAUGACAAUUCCGCCCAUUCACCCGACUUGAUGCCUUUAGAUCUUUUUUUAAUCUCUUUCUUCUUUAAAGUAAGGUCUACAACUAGCAAACCAAGGGACCUUGCAUUAUUGAUGAUGCUGUGUCAUCAUUCAUCCCUACAGCGGUCUUGGAAAAUGUGUUCUCAGAGUGUAAACGCCGAAUUAGAUUGAUGACAGUGAAUGAUGGACCACAUGUAGAAGUUUAUUCAAAAUUUGAGAGUAUCUAAUCAAUAGCAGUAUUUCGAAUUACAUUUAAUAUGUACUCAUAUUAAAUUCAUGUCAGUGUUUCGAAUUACAAUAAAGCUAUUCAAUGUUCUUUUUGGUAUAUCCAUUUUCGAGCACCCUGUAUAUUCUUCAUUUAUCUGUCUCUCCAUUUCACUCAUAAUUUUAUCAGCAGUGAUCCAAAACAAGCAAAAUUUUCCGACAACAUCUAACAGUUCACCAGCAUUAAUUCAAGCAAGCGUGACUCUGCUUGCCACUGUUUGUCAACACCGGUUCAGGAUUGAAUUUGCUUUUACAGAAUCAAUGCUGCAGAAAGUAUAUGCACGCCCAAAAGGUCGUGGAGCCGACGGGUUGUGUAGGAAAAACGUUUUAUUGUUCAUGUAGAGAGACACAUAUGCAGAAGACUUUUUUUUAAUGGAGCUACAGUAAUACCCCGAUUUACGCCCUCCGCACUUUCGCUAUAAUGUACUCAACUCAUUGAUACCCAGUCCCAUUAAGCGUACUGUGGUACCUCGCCAAAACAUACUCGAGAUUUACGAACUUUACCGCAAAGACUCUGUUGUCCUUCCCCCGCACCUCCAAUUAGCACAGUAGUGUCAGUGAGUCGGAGACGAGGUUUGUCGAGGCACCUUCUUUAUUGAACACACAUUAUCUCGCCUGCACACUCGACAGUCGCUAGCCUCUACACAACACUCGCCAUCUAACAUCGAUGGCGCUGACCGAGACAGCCAACAGGCUAUCUAGCAGCGCAAUAUCGAGCGACGAUGGCGAUGAGACGACAGCAACGAGACGAUCCAAUCCCCAAAACCAGCAGCCUCGAACUCCUGCUCUUGGCUCCUUUUAUGCUACCAAUGCGGCCUGGCUCCGACCUAGCCACGCCUCCCUUCUCGAACUCACUAGCAGGUUCCAGGAGCUUCCAGAUAGGGUCCUCCAUGACCCUUGCCCCAGUUCAUCCGCCCUGCCGACACCCCUGUAUAUGCUCACCGGCGUGUGCACUGUUUGUCCACCACAGUUUCCGUUGCUGGAUACUAGCCAGCGCUAUUACACUACACAUACAUACACAGAGAUCCAACAUUGUUUACGCUACAAGGUGACAUUCACGUGCCAUAUGUUGCCCUA